AUGGCUGACUCAGGACCGGCCGAUAGUCGUGGUGGACGUGGUUUCGGACGUGGUCGUGGCGACAGAGGCCGACGCGGAGGUCGAGGUCGUGGAGGUCGUCGCGGUGCUCGCAAGGACGAAGAUAAAGAAUGGGUCCCUGUUACUAAGCUUGGACGUUUGGUUAAGGAAGGCAAGAUCAGAACUAUUGAACAAAUAUAUUUAUUUUCGCUUGCUAUCAAGGAAUAUCAAAUUAUAGACCGAUUCUUCGGCACUGCAUUAAAAGAUGAGGUCAUGAAGAUCAUGCCUGUACAGAAACAGACCCGCGCUGGUCAAAGAACAAGAUUCAAGGCUUUCGUUGUUAUCGGUGAUUCCAAUGGCCAUGUUGGUCUCGGAGUUAAAUGUUCAAAAGAAGUUGCCACCGCUAUUCGUGGCGCUAUUGUCCUCGCUAAACUCUCAGUCAUUCCUGUACGUCGUGGAUACUGGGGUUCUUUACUUGGUGAUCCACACACAGUCCCUUCCAAGGUUACUGGCAGAUGUGGUUCCGUUAUAUGUCGUCUCGUCCCUGCACCUCGUGGUACUGGUAUAGUAGCUGCUCCUACACCAAAAAAACUUUUACAACUUGCAGGUAUUACUGAUUGUUACACUACAUCGCGUGGAUCCACUCGUACUUUGGGAAAUUUUGUUAAGGCCACAUUCGCCGCUAUUGGCAAUACUUACGCCUUCUUGACACCCGACUUGUGGAAAGAUACCGAACCUAAACAAUCUCCAUAUCAAGAAUUCAGUGACAUUUUGGCUAAAGCUCCUGAGAAAAGGAGGGUUUAA